AUGGUGCAGAAGUAUCAAUCCCCCGUACGGGUGUAUAAACACCCUUUUGAGUUAAUUGUGGCUGCAUAUGAAAGAAGGUUUCCUACAUGUCCUCUGAUCCCCAUGUUUGUAGCCAGUGACAUUAUCAACGAAUACAAGAGUGAUGAUGAAGCUAUCCAUGUGAUAGAACGGCGCUGUAAGCUGGAUAUAGACGCACCACGGUUAUUGAAGAAGAUUUCAGGAGUGGAUUAUGUCUACUUUGUCCAGAAGAAUUCUUUGAACAGACGAGAAAGGACUUUGCAUAUAGAAGCCUUCAAUGAAACCUUCUCUAACAGAGUCAUUAUUAAUGAACACUGCUGUUACACAGUUCAUCCUGACAAUGAAGACUGGACCUGUUUUGAACAAUCAGCAAGUCUGGAUAUAAAAUCUUUUUUUGGUUUCGAAAGCACAGUGGAAAAGAUUGCCAUGAAGCAGUACACCAGCAGCAUCAAGAAGGGAAAAGAAAUAAUAGAAUACUACCUGAAGCAGCUCGAGGAAGAAGGAAUAACUUUUGUUCCUCGUUGGACUCCUCCUGUUGCAUGUAAAUUGGAGAGCAGCACAUCCCACACAAGGCAACCAAUUUCACCUGCUAUUAAUAUACCAGACUCUGCAACAAAGGAGGGCUUAAGCAGUAAGGAGAUCCUCAACACCUCAGGCAGCCCCACAGAGCCCACAGCAGGAACGCCUGAUGACAAGCUAGACGCAGACUACAUCAAGCGUUAUUUGGGUGACCUGACACCGAUGCAGGAAAGCUGCCUCAUUCGGCUGAGACAGUGGCUGCAGGAGACGCACAAAGGCAAAAUCCCAAAGGAUGAGCACAUUUUAAGAUUCCUGCGUGCCCGGGACUUCAACAUUGAUAAAGCAAGAGAGAUCCUUUGCCAGUCGCUGACGUGGCGUAAGCAGCACCAGGUAGACUAUAUUCUAGACACCUGGAACCCUCCUCAGGUACUCCAAGAUUACUAUGCAGGCGGCUGGCAUCACCAUGACAAAGAUGGCCGUCCACUGUACGUGCUGAGGUUGGGACAGAUGGAUACUAAAGGCUUAGUACGAGCUCUUGGGGAAGAGGCCUUGCUUCGAUACGUUCUUUCAAUAAAUGAAGAAGGACUGAGACGAUGUGAGGAGAACACAAAAGUUUUUGGCAGGCCAAUAAGCUCUUGGACCUGUCUAGUAGAUCUGGAAGGCUUGAACAUGCGACAUUUGUGGAGACCUGGUGUCAAAGCAUUGCUAAGAAUCAUUGAGGUGGUUGAAGCUAAUUACCCUGAGACUUUGGGUCGUCUUCUAAUCCUCAGAGCACCUCGAGUAUUCCCAGUUCUUUGGACACUGGUUAGUCCAUUCAUUGAUGACAACACUAGAAAGAAAUUCCUUAUUUAUGCUGGAAAUGACUACCAGGGUCCUGGGGGACUGCUCGAUUACAUUGAUAAAGAAAUUAUCCCUGAUUUUCUUGGUGGAGAGUGCAUGUGUGAAGUACCAGAGGGUGGGCUGGUUCCCAAGUCCCUCUACCGGACAGCAGAAGAAUUGGAAAAUGAAGACAUAAAGCUCUGGACUGAGACAAUCUACCAGUCUGCAAGUGUCUUCAAAGGAGCUCCGCAUGAGGUGCUCAUUCAAAUUGUGGAUGCCUCAUCUGUGAUCACGUGGGAUUUUGACGUGUGCAAGGGUGACAUUGUUUUUAACAUCUUUCAUUCCAAAAGAGCUCCACAGCCUCCUAAAAAGGAAUCUCUGGGCGCUCACAGUAUUACAUCUCCUGGUGGGAACAAUGUCCAGUUGAUAGACAAAGUCUGGCAGUUGGGGCGUGAUUACAGCAUGGUGGAGUCUCCUCUUAUCUGCAAAGAAGGGGAGAGUGUGCAGGGAUCGCAUGUGACCAGGUGGCCUGGCUUCUAUAUUCUCCAGUGGAAAUUUCAUAGCAUGCCUGCCUGUGCUGCAACCAACCUGCCUCGUGUGGAUGAUGUCUUAGCAUCUCUGCAGGUCUCCUCUCACAAAUGUAAAGUGAUGUACUACACAGAAGUAAUAGGAUCUGAAGAUUUCAG